AUGGCUCUGGUCGUCGUCAUCGUUGACGACCACCACCACUGUCUACCGGAUGUCCACGCAGCCAUCCGUCAGCGUCUUCUGCCCUUCUCGCGUAUCCAUGUGCUGCACGUGGACGCCCACCCGGACUUGUCCUUCGGUGCUGCAGUCGACACGGACGUGAUCUUUCAUCCAGAGAGACUGUACGACGCACUGGACGAGUCGGUCGCUGGCAUUGCCGAGUUUCUGCUGCCGCUCGUGUUUGCAGGUCACGUGAACCAGAUCACGUGGUUGAAACCGGCGUGGGCGACGCAGAUACCGACUGGAACAUUCCAGCGACUUGCCAGUGGAAAGCGCCUGGCAAACAGAACGAUGGGAGUGACAAGUGAGUUGCCUCAUUUCGUGACCGACGAGUUGUUCUGUCGUCUAGAAGACAUGGAGACGUCGUCUCUCCGGUAUUGGGAUCUGUUUGCAACAGAGACGACUUCCGGUGAUGCAGCAAUUGUAGCGAUGCAGGCAAUGGACAACGCGCGCGAGCAUUCGAAAAGCUACAUCCUCGAUAUUGAUCUUGAUUACUUUUCGACGUGGAACCCGUUCCGCAGGGAUUUGGAAGCACUUCUUGGGGAUGUAGCUGUGAAGACUGUGACGAGCUUUUUUUGCGAUGUGCGGUACAAGCAAGUCUCUCUCGAUGAGCUGACGGCUGAGCAGCGCAGCACAGAGAUGACGACGUUCUGCGAGCUUGUCAAACGUCUUGAAGCAGCUGAUGCGAAGGCAGACACCGAUACUCGUAGAUCGAUAUGGGCACAAGUCCGAAGUGAUCUCGUAUCGUCGUACGCAGAUGAAGUCAACGCUGAGAAAGUCGUUGACGAAUUUUGCCAAGUACUGGAGAGAUACCGAGACGACGAGGCAAUUCGAUGUGAACUAUGGGCAGCAGGACCUUUUCUUGAUCUUCCUCAUCACGAGAGCUCUCAAGAAGAGAUCGAGCAUUCGAUCAGCAAGCUCGAACAGUUUCUUCGCGCGCAUGCACUGGAUGGAAGCCAUCCCCCAGCAAUUGUGACAAUCGCCAAGUCCACGGGCGACAAGUACAUGCCUCCGCAUCAAGCAGAUGUUGUCUUGACAAGCGUCCUUCGAAUGCUUGAGAACGUCUACGGGGAGCUAGCACCAAACUUUGUGGAGUAUGUGCCUGUUGAAGACACAGACGACAAUGAAGCGAAAAGCUCUUCCAGUACAGAGUAG